UAUACAUUUCAGCAUGGCUUUGGUGCAGCUUCAGUUAGCUACCGGGCAAUUUUCUCACCAGUUCAGAGAAUUAUUCGAGUAACACCUCUGCGUCGGUGCGACUACACGUUAAACGUGCUCCUCGGAAACAUCUUGGUGAGACAGUGUUGACCGCUACUUUUGUUUUUACGUUACCCGGUGACCAAGUGACGGAGCUCUACGGUCCAGCGUGGCUGAGGACGUCUUAGAUACUUUACUUACUUUAACCAAAUAACACGCAAUAUUUCACCGAAAGUGGCCAUAAUGUCGAAGGUGAAGCCUAAGACAAAAGAGUCGCCUGCUAAGACACAACCAGCCACAUCUUCAGAGAAAAAAUACACAUCGAAAAAGAAUAGGAAACGGUGGAUGACAGAAAAGUUCAUGAAGAUAAAGCCACCACCCAAGAAGCAAGAUAAAGCUAAAGCUCAGCAGCCAAUACCUCCAAAAGAUGGCCUGCAGUUCUCUGUUAACUGGAAGAUAUUACAGGAGAUGCUGAAGGCCAAUCAACCGGAGAAGAAGCAGCCUGUGACACCAACACCUCAGAAUGGUGCUCUUCCAAACCAAGGGGCUAAAAAAAAUUCUACUAAAAAUAUUUCCAAGAAUAAUGUCUGUCCCAAGCAGGCAGACGCUGGGACAAAAGUGAAACACAAACCUGUUCCUAAAAGUGUUGCCCCCAAGGACUCUCGGGUGAACUCGAAGGUUCCAGCUGUAAAAGAGACAAAACAGUCUGCUGCUCCAAAAAGGAAAAAAGACAGUGGAAAGCUAAACAGCGAGCAAGCAGCCAAGAAACAAAAGCUUGUGGUGGAAGAGAAGAAACCCACAGAAGAGGACAUGUGGUUUGAUGAUGUGGACCCUGAUGACAUUGAGGCAACAGUGGGAGCAGAGGCAGCAGAGAUCAUGAGGAGGAAGCAGGGCAUUCAGAAGAACCAGGACACGGAGAGUGCCCUGGUCAAGCAGGGAGCCUUUGCCGGCCUCACCAAAGCCGUGGCCAUUGAUUGCGAGAUGGUGGGAGUUGGUCCUGAUGGAGAGGACAGCAUCUUGGCUCGCGUGUCCCUCAAAAAUGAGGCAUUACUCUAG